AUGGGUUUCAUGGAUACAAGAAAGAUUCCAGUGUUCUGUUAUUGGAAUGGCUGCAUAAAAGAUGGCCCUGAUGGUCCAUUCUACGAAGGGUCAAGUCCGAGAGUGAUGAGAGUUGAGAGCAAAACCAAUCUACCGAAACUGUUGGAUGAUCUGCAUCGAGUCACUAGGUUUGAAAAAGGAAAGUUUCAGUUUGAGAUGAUUGGUAGGUACCCUUGCAUUGUUCAGCAACCAAUGGUGAAGUAUGUUCGUUUGCCCGUUGUGGAUGAUUCUAGUCUUGAGACCAUGCUCGAGGUUCCAAGUUAUCAUCCUUCCAUCACCAAUGUGGAGAUGUAUCUAGAGGUCAAACCGUUGGUUUCUGAUGGAGUUGCUGGUCCACUUGGUAGCUCCUUGGCAAAUCAGGCGAUGCGAAAGCGUUCUCGGCAAGAGGAUGCAGAUGUGAAUGUGAGUGUGAGAGGUAACACGUCAAGAAGAACUCUGCAGAAAGAUAACAAUAACGGGUGGAUGGAAGACGAGGAGAGCACAUAUGACAGAAACUGUGGUAACGGUGGUAAUAAUGAGGCUGUUCAAAAGAGUGUGAAUAUGAAAAAUCCCAGCGACAGUGUUUCAAAGCAAUUGAUUUUCUCUAGUUCAUGGCUUGAUGAACAUGAGUUGCGUGUUGGGAUGCUUUUCAAAGAUAAAGACGAGCUCGAGAAAGCUGUGAAGCUGUACUCUUGUAGAAGGCAACGAGAGUAUUAUGAAGGGAUAUCUUUAUCUUAUUUUUUCAGGGUACACUGCUUAAGGAAACCAUGCGGAUGGACUCUCAGGGCAGAUAAAACAGAGGGAAUGCGCUACAAGAUAACAGAAUACAGAGGUCCACAUACAUGUGAGCCAGGAGACGUGGGCGCAGAUUUUCUGGCAGGUGAAAUUGAAUGCCUAAUCAGGGAACGGCCCUCGCUUCCAACUGCAGAGUUGACUAAGUGGGUGAAAGAAGAGUUUGGCUACACAGUCUCGCGUUCUACCUUGUGGGAUGCUAAAAAGAAAGCAACCAUUGCAAUCUCGGGAGAUUUGGACAAGAGUUUCAGCGUAUUGCCCAAGUUCAUGGCUGCCCUUUGCUCAUCUAAUAAGAUCCAGAUGAAUCCGGAGGCUCGAAAAUGGUUAGACAAAAUGGCUCCGCAUCAGUGGGCUCUUGCUCACGAUGAUGGCGGGAUGAGAUUCGGAGUCAUGGAGACGAACUUAAUCCUCACGACUUACGGUUUCAUAAACUAUGUCCCUGAUCUUCCAAUCACAACUUGCGUCUUGCUAAUCUUUGAUCACCUGGCAGAGCAUUUCAUAUCUCAGCGUCGUCUUCUCAGCGAAUCACUGAACAGUGGAGACAAGUAUGCGAAACAUGUCAUGAAAAGGCUUGAAGAGUACAAGGAAGCCAUUAGAACACACGAUGUGUUGCCAUUAGACAGUACCGGAGAGAGGUUUCAGGUCACGGAAGUGAUGAAGCCUGGAAAUAAAAGACUUGUUGUUCAUCGCAGCGAUCGGGUUUGCACAUGUGGGAUAUGGCAGCUUUACAAGUAUCCGUGUUCUCACAUGUUAGCAGUCUGUAAGAGGCUGAACAUUGACCAUUUGCAGUAUGUGAACGAUUUCUACAAUACAGAACGUUCUCUUGAAGCUUACGCAGCUGAGUUUAACCCUGUUCCGAGAGUUUCUGACUGGCCUGAAGCUUCUGAAACUCCGAGGCUCUUUCCUCCUAGAAGAUUAGACGGAACUAAACUGCGAUGA